GGCCAGAGUUCAUCGUUAUGGGCUUAACUCAUAUCUAAAGAACGGGUUGGAUGAGAGGAGGGACCAUGGCGGUCGGGGAGAGCCAGCUCCAGAGGAUUAUCCGAGAUCUGCAUGAUGCUGUUGCAGAGCUUGCAAAGGAGUACAAGGAAAAUGGGGAGCCAAUCACAGAUGACAGCACCAAUUUGCACAAAUUCUCCUACAAACUGGAGUAUCUGCUUCAGUUUGACCAAAAGGAGAAAACAACUUUUCUGGGCACCAAGAAGGACUACUGGGAUUACUUCAGCGAUUGCUUGGCUAAGAUCAAAGGAGCCAAUGAUGGCAUCCGUUUUGUGAAAUCCAUUUCUGAGCUGAAGACAUCUCUAGGAAAGGGACGAGCAUUUAUCCGCUACUCCCUCGUUCAUCAGCGAUUGGCUGACACCAUGCAGCAGUGCCUGAUGAACCAGAGAGUCACCAGCGACUGGUACUAUGCAAGAAGCCCCUUCUUGAAGCCUCUCCUCAGUGCUGACAUAAUCAAUCAUCUGUACGAGCUCAACGAGGUGCAGUUUGACGUGGCGUCCAGAGGUCAUGAUCUCGACGCCUCGUGGCCAACUUUUGCAAGGAGGACACUGGGAAGUGGAAAUUCACCAGGCCACAUGUGGAAACCACCAAGUCGUAGUUCCAGUAUUAAUAGCCUGGCUAGUUCCUACUCCCAGCAAGCGCCUGAGUGUGCCUCCAGCCCAGACUAUGGCCACAGUUUGUUGAAUGAUCUCAAUGAUUCGCUGCCGGCGUGCGUGGAAGACAGCAACACGGUUGAAGUCCUUCGCCUGGAGCUGGAUCAGUCAGAACUAAGGCAGAGAGAUCUCCUUGAUAAGGUCCGGCAGCUUGGCGAGGAGUCCGCUGAGAUGAAAGGAGUGAUUGAAGAGCUUCAGCGGCAGCUUGACGUGUCGCUCGCUGCUCAAGAAGGGCACCAGGGCAUGCAGGAAGAGCUCAGAGCCCUGCAGGGGAGAGAGGUUGCUCUUUCCAGGCAAGUGGAAGCACUCAGGGCUGAGGAACAAAACAGGGAAACUCGGCAUGCCUCGCUUCAGGAAAAGCUGGCAGCUGCUGAGCACAAGAACAUAGAGCUCAUGGCCAAGUUGGACGGGGUUCUGGAUGAGAAGGGACAGCAGGCUGCCAGCCAUUUUGAUUCAGCGCAGAAGAUUCACGAGUUGCUGGACAAACUAAAAGAGGCAGAGAAAGGAAAGAUCGAGGCUGUAGAUGAGAUGGUGGCGAACAGGAGACAGGUAGAAAGGCUGGAGGAGGAGGUAAGAGCCAAUGAGAUGAAGUCAAAGGAGAAUGAAACAAAACUCCAGGCACUGCUUACAGCUUUGUCAGAGGAGAAGGCCAAGUUGAAGGUAACAGUGGAGGAACAAUCCAGCACUCUAGAAAAGCUUCAGGGGGAGCUGGCAGUGAAAGAAAAGGAGGCAAGCAAUCUACAAAGAGAGCUGCAGGACCUCCAAAGGUCUCUGGAGAAGAAAGAGCAAGAGUUAGAGGAGGUGAAGGGGAGGGCAAAGCAAGAAAUAGAAGAGAUGCAGAAGAAUGUUGAUGACUUGAAAGGGUCUUUAGAGGUAAAAGUUGCUGAACUUACUGUGCAGCUUGCAAACAAAGAAGCAGAGCUAAGCUCCGGCAGUGAGACACUACAAAAGCUUGAAGCCAAGAACCAAAUCCUGACCACAGAAAAGGACAAACUGACCAUUAGCCUUGGUCAGCAUGAGGCCAAGGUCAAAGAACAGGCUGCUACGAUAGGAGACUACCAAGCAGAGUGCAGCAGUUUACAAGAACUAAAAGAGAAGCUGCAGGCCAAGGUGAGAAGAAACGAGGAGCAACAAAAUGAGAUGACCGAGCAAAGAGCGGCGCUCGAGGCUGAGCUGGCAGCUCUCAGAGCUUCUGAGAAACAGCUUAGAGGCCAGGUGGACGACGCCAAGAUGACAGUGGACGAGAAAGAGAAAGCGCUGCGCGAGGAGAACCGCAGUCUGGAUGAGAGUCUGCAGCGAGCCACGAUGGCUGCAAAACAAUCAGAAACGGCGUCCAAGCAGCUGGAGCAGGAGAACCAGACUCUGAGAGAGGAGCAAGAUGAAUUAAAAGCAACUCUUAGUCGCAUAGAGACGGACCUAAAGAAUGCUCACAUUCAGAUCGGCGAACUGGAGAAAAACUUGGAGGCUUCAAACACUAAAGAAGUCAGUCUUCAAGAACAGCUCAAUGCGAAAGAAGAGCAGAUGGAGAGUAAAGAGAAGGAAGUUGUUAAGUUGGUGUCAACGCUAAAGGAGUUGGAGGCUAAGGAGAAGGAAACGGAAAUUGCCAAAGCCAGUGCAGAGGCAGCUUGUGCUAAACAGGCUGAACUGAUUGAAAGGGUAACAUCCGAGAAACAGGCAAUGGAGACACUACAACUUCAGAGGAGCUCAGUCCAAGCAAAGGAGAACCAGGAAGUUUCGGCCAAACUAAAUGUGGUUGAAGGCCAGUUGGAGCUUAGCAGGCAAGAAGUCUCCAGGCUCCAGGCAGAGAUCCUGGACCUGAAGGUGCAGGUGCAGAGAUCUGAGGAGGAAAAGCUGAAGUCCCAAGCACAGUUGGAGAUUACAGAGGCCCAAAGAGACGAAGCUAGGGCUCUGACUGAGCAGCUAAAAUCCCAAACAGAGACAAUGAACCAGAAGCACAUAGCAGAGCUCCUGGAGUGUAAAAAGAAAGAAGAGGCGCUGGUUCAGCAGCGCGAUCGAGAGGUAGCUGCCCAUGCCGAGUUAGCCGCGUCGUCCGCUGCCGUCCAAGAAGAGCUGGCUGCCCUCAAAGCAGAAAACAACAAGCUGGGGCUGGAGAACACAGAGGUCCGCGAGAGUCUGCACAGAGCAAACACCGAGAUGGCAGAGCUGGGGAUGACCAUCUGCAAGCUGAACGCAGAAAGGGAAGAAGCCAGCGAGCACUUGGCUGUCGACGCUGCUAAGAUCGGGGAGUUGGAGAAGGAGGUGGAGCGAAUCGAGAAGUGCAUGAGCGACCUACGGCAGGAGAACAGCAGUUUACGAGAGGAGCUAACGCAGAAGGAAGCCCUGCCUGGAACCAUUACGGCGCUCCAGGAAGAGCUGGAAAAAGCCAAGAACCAAGUGCGCACCGUCAAGGAAUGCUGCCGAGAGGAAAUGGAUGCCGUCAAGUUCCAAAUGAGCUCCGAGACCAUGAGCCAUCAGGUUCAAAUAAAGGCUGUGACUGAGAGUUUGGAGAAGGUGGCAGGACAGCUGGAGGAGGAGCAGAAGAAGGUGUCCAGCUUGGAGGCAGAAGUGUCUGAACUUAAGGCUGCGAACGAGAAAUACUUGCAGCUCAUUGGUGAGAAAGACGCUUACAUCACGCAGGCGGAAGCCACCAUCCGUGAGAACGAAGGCGAAAUUCAGCAGCUCAGGAGCUCUGCGGCCAGUUUUGAAGAGGCACACUUGACCGCGCAAACCCUCUGUGAGGAGUUGAAGCAGAAACUGGAGGCAACAGAGGCGGCGAAACAAAGUCAGUGUCUGACGAUGACCGCAGAGAUCGACGACCUCAACAGCACCAAGACCAACCUGGAAGAGAGGCUCAUUGAGCUUAUAAAGGACAAAGAUGCUCUGUGGCAGAAGUCCGACGCGCUGGAGUUUGAGCAGAAACUGCGAGCGGAGGAGCGCUGGUGGUUGGUGGACAAGGAGGCCACGCACUGCCUUGGCUGCAACGGCCAGUUCACCUGGUUUCUGCGCAGACAUCACUGCAGACUUUGCGGCCGCAUCUUCUGCUACUACUGCAGCAACAACUUUGUCACGACGAAGCACAGCGAGAAGAAGGAGCGCUGCUGCAGCGACUGCUACACGCAGCACAGUGCAGUGGUGGAGAGGUUCACGGAGGCAGAGCUGAGUCCUACAGACGUGCCGCCCCCCCCAGCUGGAGCUGGGCCUCAGCCGCCUCCUGAGCCAGCGCCGUACAAGCCCACUCCCAGGGUUACAGUGUCAGACCCCAACAACAAAUCUGAGGAUGGAGGUUAUGACAUCAUCACAGAGGAGGAGGUGAACGGCGUCUACGACAGCGAUAACAACUCUCAGACCACAGGAGGCUCACUGGAGGGAGAACAAGACCGCCAGCUUCCAGGGACACGCGAAAUGGGCCCUGGAGAUAUGACCCCCGAUGAAGACAGCGUCCCUACGGUUCAGGAUUUAGAGAUUACCCUUCUCAGAUCAGGAGAAGUCUCAGUCGCUGUCCCUCUCAGCAUUGCUGAUAUUUCCCAGUUUGGUGAUGGCUCCAGGGAGCUCUUCAUCAAGUCCAGCUGCUACAGCACCAUUAAUGUAUCUGUGGCAGACUGUGGGACAACUAUCGGCUGGAUGUUCUCCUCGGAGCCCAAGAGCAUCUCCUUCAGUGUGGUUUUCCGGGAAUCCAGCGACAGCGAGGUGGAACACUCAAAGGUUCUGAUUCCUUUGACGCGCUGCAAUUCCCAUAAAGAGACAAUUCAGGGACAACUGAAAGCGCGGCACCCUGGCCUCUACACACUCAUCUUUGACAACUCUUUCUCCAG